CUGUCAACCAGUAUGGGAUUCACCAAAUGGUCCCAAUAUACCACUGCUACCAGUAAUAUCGGAACACAAUGAUCCAAUAAUUACUGCUACCGAUACUACUACCAUUACCUCCAAUGCAAUGGUCACAGCUAUUCAUCAUACCUUCACAAAUGCUUAUAUGCAAAUACAACCUGAAAUUCAAACUUUAGCAGAAACGAGUAGUAGUAAUAAUACAGUUGAUUCUAAGAAAAGACAUCAUCGUAGAAGAGUAAUGAAAAUGGAAGAUAAUCGAUCUCGAUCAUUGGGUACACAUCAGCGAGGCCAAAUUCAAAAGUUUUAUAGGCCAAUUUUUCCAACAAAUUUGGCUACCACUAUUACUCCAUCCUCAUCCUCAUCCUCAUCAUCAUCAUCAUCUGCUGCUGCUGCUGUUGCUGCUGCUGCUGUUGAUGUUUCCACUAAUUUGAUGGAAUUGCCACAACGUUCAAAGCAAACUUUCGAAAUUAUAUCUGGGUAG